AUGACGCCACGCGCCGAGCUUCAUCCAGAGCACCGACGACCGCGACCGCAGCUGGAGCGCAACCCAUCCUCGCAGUCCAAGCUCUCGUUGCCCACCUCGUCGCAAUCCAACGAAGCUGAUGAUGAGCAGAGUUUCUCUGAAGGCAGCGACAUGGAGUCUCUCAAUGCGCCGCCCAACUACGCAGGCGAAGACACGCGCCUGACCAGCGACAGGGAGCUAUCUGGCUUCUACAUGUAUGGCUGGGCUGCCGAGGUCUUUGUAGUCUGCGGCAUUGGCUCUUUCAUCCCAGUCACCCUCGAGCAGCUCGCCCGUGAGAACGGCGUGCUCCUCCACGAUCACACCACACCAUGCAAGGCUUCGCUGCCCUCCGUCUCUCCGCCUGCGAGCUUCACCACCCUGUUCAAACCACACCACCCAGAAAAGGGACAGUGCGUCGUAACCAUUCUGGGCUUCGAGGUCAACACGGCCAGUUUCGCGAUGUACACCUUCAGCAUCUCGGUGCUAAUCCAGGCACUGCUGAUCAUAUCCAUGUCUGGCGCCGCAGAUCACGGCCGGUUCAGAAAGCGCUUCCUCCUUUGGUUUGCUUUUAUCGGCAGCACUGCCACCAUGCUGUUUCUGCCAGUAGUACCCAGUGUUUACAUAUUGGGCGCAGUGUUGGCGAUUAUUGCAAACACUUGUUUUGGCGCAAGUUUUGUGCUGCUCAACAGUUUCUUGCCUCUACUGGUCAGAUUCCACCCCACUGUGCGGUAUGCUACAUCCAACGAGGAAGGUUCGACAGACGACUACGACGACGACGUGGACAAUCUUUCAGAUGAAGCGCUCCUCGCACAGGAGGCACGCUACUCGAACCGCCUUGCGCCUCAUGAAUCAGUGCUUGAUGAGAUUGCGGACGCUACGACCGCUCUUCUCCCACCACAACGCUCUGCACCUGACCGGACCAUUCCUCGUACCAAGGACCGCUCAGCCCCAUCUCAAGAACUUGCAAUGUCCACCAAAAUCUCUUCCUACGGUAUCGCGAUCGGCUACGUUGCGGCACUGCUUGUGCAGACGCUCUCCAUUCUCGUCGUCAUCGCAUUUCGGUCCUCUAACUUUGGGCUUCGCUUGGUUCUCUUCAUGAUCGGUGCAUGGUGGUUUGUCUUCACGAUUCCCAGCGCCUUGUGGCUUCGACCACGCCCUGGACCACCACUUCAUAUUGGCGACAAUCCUAACCUCCGUACCGUCUUUGCCUACUUCACCUACUCAUGGAAGUCUUUAGGCCGGACAGCAAUGCACGCACGACACCUUAAAGACGUCAUCUUUUUUCUUGCGGCAUGGUUCCUGCUCAGCGACAGCAUAGCAACCGUUUCUGGUACUGCCGUGCUUUUUGCCAAGACCACAUUAGGCAUGUCGUAUGCUAUGCUCGCCCUGAUCAAUGUCAUCGCUACUAUCUCGGGUGUGCUCGGUGCAUUUGCGUGGUCGCGCGUGUCACAUUACCUCGAUCUCACUCCCGUGCAGACAAUCCUCAUGUGCAUCGCUCUGUUCGAAGUGAUACCCAUCUACGGCCUGCUGGGCUAUCUGCCACCCAUUCAGCGGUUAGGCUUCCUUGGUCUGCAACAACAAUGGGAGAUGUACCCUCUCGGUGCGGUGUACGGGUUUGUGCUUGGCGGACUUAGUUCAUACUGUCGUGCUCUCUACGGCGAGCUGAUCCCACCUGGGUUCGAAGCAGCAUUCUAUGCACUCUACGCAAUCACAGACAAAGGAAGCAGUGUAUUCGGACCAGCCAUCGUCGGCGCCAUCACGGAUGCCUAUGGAGAGAUACGACCGGUAAGCUUCUUCUCGUGCCCUGCUAACACAUACUACAUACUGGAGCUAAUUGGCGCAGGCAUUCUGGUUUCUUGCCAUUUUGGUCGGGCUUCCAUUCCCCAUUAUGAUGCUCGUCGAUGUCGGCCGCGGUCGCGCUGAAGGCAUUGCACUUGCAAAGACCCUUGAAGCACUCGAUGCUGGUCACCGAAAUUCUCUUGGUCAACGCGAGGAGUCAGAUGAUGAACUCAUCUGA